UUCGUCUAUAAAAACACGCACCAUCUUUCCCUCUCUCCAAAUCCCGUUUCCCAAACGCAAUGGAAUCAACCUCCACUCUCUCAUUUCUCCUCUCUCUCCUCCUCCUCGCUGGCUCGACCAGCUUGGCCGCCUCAUCCCCAGUCCGAACCAGCUCCACCAAUUUCAUCAAAGCCUCCUGCGGCACCACCCUCUAUCCUGCGCUCUGCGUUCAGUCCCUCUCCGUCUACGCCAACUCCAUCCAGCAGAGCCCGCGCCAGCUAGCCCAAGCCGCUCUCUCCGUCAGCCUCGCACGUGCUCGAUCCGCCUCCGCUUUCGUGUCCAAGCUGUCACGCUCCAAUGGCAUGCAGCCACGUGACCUCGCCGCAAUGAAGGACUGCGUGGAGAACAUGGGCGACAGCGUUGACCGGAUCAGCCAGUCGAUCCGGGAGCUGGGUCGGGUAGGCCGGUCCGGGUCCGGGAGCUUCCAGUGGCACGUGAGCAACGUCCAGACGUGGGUGAGCGCCGCGCUCACGGACGAGAACACGUGCGUGGAUGGGUUGGCCGGUCCCGCGAAGGACGGGAAUCUGAAGGCUGCUGUUAAGGGGAGGGUUGUCCACGUGGCGCAGGUUACAAGCAACGCCCUAGCUCUCGUCAACCGGUUCGCCGAUAGCGAUAGACGGUCCGGUACCCGGUUCGUUGAUAGCGAUCGGCAGUUCGGUACGGUCAGGAAUCCGUAGAUUUCAAAAUUCGGGUCUGUAUUAUAAUCGGGUACAGCCUGGCGUAUGGCAGCUGUUGCUCUACCGUAUUUCGUUGCUAAUGAUGAAUAGAUGGUGUUUAAUGGAGAGUUUGAGUUAUAGUCCCAAAAAUAUCUGUCUUGUGUUUGGUUUAAUAGACGGUUAGAUUUGAGCAGGGUCUGCUUUCCUACCAAUUUAUGAAAGGUUUUGAUUCAUCCA